CACGUGGCGUGAAGGAAGAGAAACUCAGAAUCGAGAGCUGUGGGUGGAAGCAGUGUUGACGCUUCCACAGGAAUCUCGCAGCCAGAGCCCCCACCCCACUCCCUUCCUCUUAUCUCUCGCUCCUUCUCCUCUACAAACCCUAAACUUCAAUCCCUAAAGUGAUUUUGAGAAUAUGGCCAAAGCUACAAGGACAAGACGUAGGAUCCAUUCACGACGGAUCAAAGCAAGACCGUACAAAAAAACUAAGGCUUCUAAUCGACGUGUGGCAGAAAGUAACGUGGUGGACUGUUCAAAGUGUCUAGAGAAGAAGGACUAUGAGAAUGUUAUAUGUUCAGUUUGCAUGGAGUGUCCACACAACGCUGUUCUUCUCCUCUGCUCCUCUCACGACAAGGGGUGUCGUCCUUACAUGUGCGGCACCAGUUUCCGUUACUCCAACUGCUUAGACCAGUACAAGAAAGCGUCAGCUAAACUGAAAGCAACGUCUCGUCAACCGAGCAAUAAGUCUGAGCUUGGGAAUAAUCUCACGUGCCCGCUUUGUAGAGGCCAGGUGAAAGGCUGGACGAUAGUGCAGCCUGCGCGUGAGUUUCUGAAUCUCAAGAAGAGGAUCUGUAUGCAGGAGAACUGUGUAUUCGCUGGGAGCUUCAGAGAGCUGAGGAGACACAUGAAGACGGACCACCCUUGUGCAAAGCCGCGUGAAGUUGAUCCCGUCGUGGAGCAGAACUGGAGGAGGCUUGAGAUUGAGCAGGACCGGGAUGAUGUUAUCAGCACGAUUAGGUCGAUGAUACCUGGUGCAACGGUGUUGGGGGAUUACGUGAUAGAAAGAAACAACAACCCCCACGGUUCGGGUUUAGACGAGGGUCGUGAGCAUCAUGCUGGAUUUGGUAGGUAUAUUGGGAGUGUUGUCAUUAUGAUGCAGGGUCUUGGGGCGUUGAGGAGUCAGACAAGAAGCUCUGAUUCAGAGUCUAAUGACUUGACAACCCACCGUGGAACAAGUGAUCAGAUGACUGUCUCUGGGGAAGAAGAGGAAGAUACGAAUAGUAACUCUUUGGCAAGUCGGAUGGAGCGACAAGGACGGGUUCUACUAGGACGCUCAGGCAGGAGACGCAGAGAUAGAGAAGCUAACCAGAGCAACAGGUCCUCCUAGAUGAGACAGGUUACAACAGAACCCUUUUUGUCUGAUUCAGGGUUUCUGGUAAGCUGUAUGGAAUGGUUUAUGUACAAACGUAGUCAAAAACGAACACAAAAAUGCUUUAGACCUUGUGACAACUCUUGUCUGCCUUCACUAUUGGUGAAAUUGCUGACUCAGAUUUGUUUUUAUUUACUCUCUUGAUGGGCAAGGAAGCAUUGUGUCUUA